GCCGCUAGCUCCUCCGCCCGCCCUAGCACACCCCUUACCCCUUCCUCUGAGGGUAGCUCCUAGGCCAGUUUUUAAAAAAUGGAACCUUGUUCCUGUGAUACUUUUGUGGCAUUACCUCCAGCAACGGUUGAUAACAGGAUUAUUUUUGGAAAAAAUUCAGAUAGAUUGUAUGAUGAAGUACAGGAGGUAGUUUAUUUUCCUGCUGCAGUUCAUGAGAACCUGAGAGAACAUCUUCAGUGUACUUACAUAGAAAUUGAUCAAGUUCCUGAAACAUAUGCUGUUGUCCUCAGUCGCCCAGCUUGGUUAUGGGGGGCAGAAAUGGGAGCCAACGAGCAUGGAGUUUGCAUUGGGAAUGAAGCUGUAUGGGGAAGAGAAGAAGUGUGUGAUGAAGAGGCGCUACUGGGCAUGGAUCUUGUCAGACUUGGCCUUGAAAGAGCUGAUACAGCUGAAAAAGCCCUCAAUGUCAUUGUUGAUCUAUUAGAAAAAUAUGGCCAGGGUGGAAAUUGUUCAGAGGGUAGGAUGGUAUUCAGCUAUCACAACAGUUUCCUGAUAGCUGAUAGGAAAGAAGCCUGGAUUCUGGAGACUGCAGGGAAGUACUGGGCAGCAGAAAAAGUACAAGAGGGAGUUCGUAAUAUUUCUAAUCAGCUUUCUAUAACAACCAAGAUUGAUCGGGAACAUUCAGACCUGAGAAACUAUGCUAAGCAGAAAGGUUGGUGGGAUGGUAAAACGGAGUUUGAUUUUGCUGCAACAUACUCUUAUCUUGACACAGCCAAGAUGAUGCUUUCACCAGGCAGAUACUGUGAAGGCUACAAGCUUCUCAAUAAGCACAAAGGAAAUAUAACUUUUGAAACAAUGAUGGAAAUUCUCCGAGAUAAACCAAGUGGCAUUAAUAUGGAGGGAGAAUUCCUGACCACUGCAAGCAUGGUUUCUAUUUUACCUCAAGACUCCAACCUUCCUUGCAUUCACUUCUUUACAGGGACUCCUGAUCCUGAGAGAUCUGUUUUUAAGCCUUUCAUAUUUGUGCCAAAUGUUUCACAACUAUUGGAUACCAGUUCACCAACAUUUGAUCUUGAAGACCCAGUUAAAAAGAAACCACGUUUUCAGUUUAAGCCUGACAGAAGACACCCACUCUAUCAAGAACAUCAACAGGCAUUGGAAGUAAUAGACAAAAAGGAGGAAAAAGCCAAAACUAUGUUGGACAACAUGAGGAAACUGGAGAAAGAACUAUUCAAAGAAAUGGAAUCAAUUCUUCAAAACAAGCAUCUUGAUGUUGAUAAAAUUGUUAAUCUCUUUCCCCAGUGUGCAAAAGAUGAAAUUAGAAUUUAUAAGUCAAACAUUAGUUCUUAGUGUCAUAUAAAUGGUCAACAAUCUUCCUCAAAGUCAGAAUCUAUCACCUUGGUAAAUGAUAUAACCCAGUUUGAGUAGAUCUGAUUUUUCUUUAAUAGCAUUUACCUAAUGGCCUAUUAAAACUACACAUAGUCUUGCUGAAAUAUUGAGAAAGAAAAUAACAUUGGAAUUAGGCACAUAUAUCAUGGAAUAGCCAGGAGUUAUUUCAGGUAUUUGUGUGUGUGUGUGUGUGUGUGUGUGUGUGUGUGUGUAUGUGGUUUUUUUCCAGCCAUAAUACCUUUUUAAA